CGAAUAAAAUCAGUUAAUUUCUGGCAUUUGAGCACGCCAGUUAGUAGGAAAAUAAUUAACACAAAAUCUUAAAGGCUUCACUGAAAACACAAUUAUACAAUUUCAAAUUGUUUUGAAACUGUUUGUUAAUACUGCCGCAGCCAUUAAAGCAUCUAAACAAAGAGACAACAAAAUCGGGAAAGACAAAAAUCAUGACGCUGAAACGUAUUCAUCAGUUACUUCUCUAUGCGCUGUGCCUGAUAGCCUUACUUGUGUUCUUUGCGCCGGAACAGAGCGAAUCACGACGGGUGAUCUUCUUGGCGCCUCCAGGUAUUCAUCGCAGUCAGAUACUAGCUACGCGUGGUCUUGACAAGCCCUGUCAGAAAUGCUACAUGAGAGAUCAUCGUGGAAACUGCCGUCGAAUAAUAUCGUACAGUUCAGAUGGCUUGGACUGCUGAAAUAAUCCUGGAUGUGGACAAUUUGUGGCUAUCAACCGAAUCUCUAACUCUUUUAGAAACACUAAAA